GAAGCGAAAGAUUUCGAUUACUUUCAAUUGUUAAAUGUCUGAUUUCAGUAAAAAUUCAAUAAAAGUUAUUUAAAUUAUCUUAUAAUUUAAAUAAAAGAGUAUCUUAUUAAAUAAUUUUAAACUUUUAAAUAAAAAACAGAACGCAGCUCUGAAAAAAAGUUGAAUUACACAUUUUUCGGAUAUGUCAUCGACAGAAGAAACUCUACAAGUAAUCAAAUGCAAAAUGGGGGGGCCUAAAGGAGUAGGGAAAACCUCUCUUUUCCAGACAUAUAUGACGAAAAAGUUUCCAACUCCCUAUGAUCUGAUGUUCCUCCAUCAUAGAUCUUCACCUCCAUUGAAAUCUGCAACAAUAAAAGGUAUAUCUUGGACUGUUGAAUUAUACGAUACAAUAGAUAACUACAAAAAUAAUAGGAUAAUUGAGUUGAAAAAUGCACACGUUCUUCUUGUUUGUUUUUCUGUUGUCUUGCCAUCUUCAAUCGAAAACAUCAAGGCAGAGUGGAUUCCACAGAUAACUUAUCACUGUCCAGAAACACCGUACAUUUUGGUUGGAACGCAGAUCGAUUUACGAGAGGAUAAAAGAACAAUUGAAAAGUUAGCUGAAAACAACCAGAAACCAAUCACAUAUAAAGAAGGCACGAAAUUGGCUGCGGAUUUGAAAGCUGUAAAAUAUCUUGAAUGCUCAGCCAAAGCCCAAAAAGGUUUGCAAGAAUUGAUGGAAAAAGCAGUGCAGAUAGUUCAAGCAGCUCACAGUGGUGAAAAGAAACACGGAUGCUUUCCCUGUUAAAAUUUUUGUGGCAUGGUUGUUUUUUGGUACCGUAUUUUGUAUAUAAUGUUAAAGGGAAAAUUUCUCUUUAUUUUUCUUAUAAUGAUAUAAAAUUGCUUUGAUUUUUUUUUUAA